UUUUUAUAGUGUUGAAAGAUUCGUAAAUUCGAAAGGAUUUCAAAAAUAUCUUAUCAGAUUGAGCACCUAUUGUGAGACCUAUAGUAUCUGAAUACAUGAUAAUAAUAAGUUGGUUCUAAAUUAUCUCCAUAAAUACGGGAUACUACAAGAUGGUUAAAUUAAUAUUGAGAUUAAUUUUGUCUGAUAGAACAAAGGUUUCAUUAUAAAAUUGAAGAUAUAUAAGUUCUGCUGAAUUCGUUAAAAUGACUACAUCAUUCCCAAUAUUUACAAAUGAAAUGAUACGAGGGAUCAAUCCUGAAAAUUGGCCAUCAUUAAAAAAUUAGGAAAACUACGUUGCUUUAUAUUAAGG